CGUUAAAAGGAGUGUUCAUUUGUGGCUCAUUUUUAACUUAAAUUAUUAUUAUUUUCAUCUGUAAUUACUCCAGUUGCUUAGUUAUUUUUUUUAAAAGUUCAUCACAAGUGUAGUUACAAACGAAGAAAUAUACAUAACGGAAUUAUAAGUGUGACUUUAUUAAAACGCGGCUCGGCAGACUCUGUAUUAUAUAAAAAAAAAAAUUAAUUAACCAUCAAUUGUUCGAAAUUAUUAAAAACAUCGCUAAUAAUAUCGAUUGUUUACUUUCGCACUCUUACAUAUCUCGAAAACGACAUGAAAAGUAUCCUGAACUAUUUUAGUGACGCUAACGUUAGAACUUGUAUUGUGUGCAAAUGUCGAUGAGAUAAUUGACCAAGUGUGUUGAUGUGUGUACGAGUGCAAUAUUAUUCAUAUUAAUACCUAUAUGAGAGAAAUUUAAAAAUUGGAAGUAAUCAAUAAUUGAACAAAUAUUAGUGUGCAACUGUUCAUUACUAUUAGUUGGAUACGUCGUAAGCACAGUAUAAUAUGGAUUGGGCGGUUAAGGCGCGACGAACGUAUAAGGCAAAUCGUUGCGUGAGCGGGGGCGGCAGCCGUGGUGCGACUAGGCCGACGACUGGCACAACUGGAGCCAACGGUCUUUGUAACGACAGCGUGAUUGCUGGUCGCGGGGGCAGCUAUAUUGUGGGCAGUGGAGGUGGAAGUCCCAGAAGAGGAGGUGGACAGGACGGUGGAGUACCACCACCUACCACCGGUCAUCAUCACACUACAACAAGUUCACGACACUAUAGGUACAAGCUGUCGGCGGGUUGCGUUGAGCUCCGUCACCAUCCCCAUCAUCAUCGACACCACCCCCACUAUCGCACCCAUCAUCGGGGCAUGACCAUGGGUCAAACGAUAUCAGGUAGCGUAAAGAGCGUAUCGUGUGAAAAUGGAGCAGGUACCGGUGGUACACUUGGUUUGGGGGGUGGAGGAACAGUGGCGUACAAACCUGUAGUACCUAGAGAACUUGCUCAAGACUUUUCGAGACCAGCUAGACUUGAUGUACUUCUGGAUAUGCCACCCGCCACUAGGGAAACACAAGUUCAUCAUGGCUGGAAUGCUGAAGAUAGAAGCCUCAAUAUAUUUGUCAAGGAAGAUGAUAAAUUAACGUUUCAUCGCCAUCCAGUUGCCCAGAGUACCGAUUGCAUACGAGGGAAAGUUGGAUAUACAAAAGGAAUGCAUGUUUGGGAAAUUCACUGGAGUACGAGACAGCGAGGAACUCACGCAGUGGUUGGUGUCGCGACAGCCGAAGCACCACUUCAUAGUGUUGGCUACCAAAGUCUAGUCGGCAACAAUGCAUUAAGUUGGGGCUGGGAUCUUGGUAGGAAUAAACUCUAUCAUGAUUCGAAAAAUAACAAUGGUGUAACGUAUCCUGCGUUACUAAAACCUGAUGAAACAUUCAUCGUCCCAGAUAAAUUUUUAGUUGUACUAGAUAUGGAUGAAGGCACAUUGGCAUUUGUAGUUGAUGGCCAGUACCUGGGUGUAGCCUUCAGAGGAUUGAAAGGAAGAAAGUUAUAUCCAAUUGUCUCAGCUGUGUGGGGACAUUGUGAAAUAACAAUGAAAUACAUUGGUGGCCUUGAUCCUGAACCUUUGCCCCUUAUGGAUUUAUGUAGAAGAGUAAUUCGGCAACGAAUUGGCAAGCAUCGGUUGGAUAAGAUACAAGAAUUAAAUUUACCACAGGCGAUGAAAACUUAUCUUCUGUAUCGUGACAGAAGGUAACCACCAAGUGAUUUCUAUACAAAGUCAAUGUUAACUAUGACGUUAAUUGCAUCGACUGCGAUUAGCCCGCAAUACCGUUGUUGCAACAAUAGCCAGAAGAAUGUUUGCCCAUCACUUGUUUUACAUGCUCCGGAAUACACCAUAUGAGUAGCCGCGUGUCUCAAUUUUUUUGAUAACGUCAAAUUUCUCAAUGUGAACAGUAAUGUUUACAUUGAGUGAAUUGUUUUUCUUAUAGAUAAUAAAACCAACUAAAUCAGAAAAAAUGGUACAAAAUCAUCAAAGUUUAGAUAUUGAUAUUUUAUUGCAUCUGAAAAAGCGUUUGCAAUAAACGAAGUUUGAUAAAAAAAUACCAAGUAAAAAUGUUAAGAGAAAGUAAAAAGAAUUAGUAAAUUAUUAGAUAGUAUUGUUAUUUUAUGUUGGCAAGACAAUUGGAAGAUAACAGAGUUUAUAUUGAUUGUUAUAAUACAUCGAUAGUACCAUUCUAUGAAUAAUUAUGUUGUUCAUGACUAAUUAUUCUGCAUUUUCUGUUUAAUAUUAUCUUUUUUUCUUAUAUUCAUUACGUGAUUUUUGAUAGUAAAUGUGUGAUGAGAUUUUUUUAUAUCUGUCGUUAUUUCUAUUAUCAUGAUUAUUUCUAUUAUUAUUAUGAUUAGUUAUUAUUUUUAAUUAUUAUUAAUUAUUAUUGUCAUUAUAAUUAAUGAGUACAAUUGUCCAAAAUAGACAAGAAUAUGAUAACAAGUGAUAUGUAAUGUAAAAUAUAAACUUUGAGAAUAAAAAUAAAUGAACACAGAGACACGUGGCAUGUAUUAGAAUGGCUUUGGUAAAUUUUCACGGUUGGCCAGUAUAUAAGUAGACUUAGUCGAGCCCUGAAGACUACCAGAUGUCAUUAAUACCUGCAGUACGCAUUGACACUAGCUAUUUAUAUAAGUAAAACAAUUUUUAACAUUUCGAGGUGUAUCUCAAGUCUAGUCCAGCAAUGUAGAUGGGCAAAGUAAACAAGAAAUUAUUAAAAAGAUGAAUUUUAGUGAUUGGAAGAAGUUGUUAACUAAUCAUUGACGAACAUGUAUUGAGAAUUCAUGAUAGUGCAAACAACGAGAAUAACGGGAUAAAACAGAAUUUAUUAAUGGACUAAUAAACAAUAAUAAUUAUUAUACAAAUGAAGUGUGUAUAGUAAUGAUGAAACGAAGAAAGACGAUGAAGUUGAACAUCAUUUAUUAUAGACUCAUUUUUCAAAUAUUUUCUAAGCAUGCUAGGUUUAAUUAAACAAUAAAAUAUAGUUGGUGUGCACGUACUGUGGGGGCAAAGUGAGAUAGAUUGUUUGGAAUAGUAUAAAAAUUAUUAUAAAAUACAAGUAAAAAGACAAAAGCUGCGGGCUAUAAAGUUGAUGAUAGAUUAAUUGUAUCUUUUUUCUCUAUUUCAUAUUUCUUCUUGAGCUAGACGUGAGAUAACACCGUUACGAUAAAAUAAAACUAAUGUACGUGGCUGAAUGAACAAAGAAGACAAUUGAGACGUAAAGUUUUUUCAAAUUCUGUGCUUUUAAAAAAUUACAAAUGAAAUGUUGUUGACUAAGUGAUGAAUUUUCAAAUGAUUAUCAUUCAAGAAAGUAUAAACGAAUUGAUAAUAUUCAUCGAUAAAGAGAUAUAUUCACAAAACAAAAAAAUGAAAAAAAAGCAUAAUCUCAUUAUUAAUAUUUUGAAGAUAGAAAAAUGCUUGGCCUAUAUUUUUUGUGAACAUGUUAGAAUUAAAUUUCUUUUUUUACAUUCUAUAAUUUUUCCGGAAUGUCUUCCAUAAUCAUUGAUCUGUAGUUCAACUUUUAUUUUUUUUUAAUUUUAUAUAUCUACUCAAUUGUAUGAUUUUUUUAAUAACUUCAUUCGAAACAUUGAAAAUGUUAAUAAAGUUAUUGACUUAUUUACAAAUUGUUUAUUUCUAAAUAGAAGAAAUAUAUGAAUAAUUUUUGAUUAUCGAUUAACAUUAUUAAUUACUUAAAUAACUUUUUUAUCAGUUAAUUAAACUCGUUUUAUGAUCUCACAAAAAAUCGACCAUUUGUCGAAUUGCCCGUCCCUGUAAAUACAACAAUGCACACCUCAACGUUCACUAAUGUUUCCUUUCUUCGUGAUUAAUGAUAAAUAAAAAAUAAGAUAAUUUGUAUUUAAUGAACAUAACAUGUGAAAAAUAGAAUGACAGAAGGAAAGAUUUUUUUUAACAAAAAAGUGGAAGAAAUACGAGCUUCUGAGCUGUGUGACCUCAACUUAGGGGUAUUAUACAUACAGAUUACGUAUAAAUAAAACAAAAAAUACAUAAUUAAUAAUAAAACAUUAAUGUAUAGAAACAAAUUGAAUACAUCAAAGUCUCACUAAUUGUUAAUCGAUGAAUGAACCAUAAAUAUUUUUUUGUUCAAUGUCGUUAAGUAUGAAAAGUGUUAGAACGAAGUGACACCGCCAAGCCUAAAUGAAAACAUCACUGAGCACGUAAAUAGCGUAAAAAAAUCAUAGAUUACACGUAAUACACUUGAAUAAUUAUUACAUGUACAAAUGAUUGUAUUACGCAACAAAUGGAAAAAAGCACUGACAUGAAAAAUAUUCUAUAAACUCUAAAGAAUGCACUACUUCUUGUAAUAAUACUAUUUUAUAAUACCUGGGCGAGUGUUAGUUGAAAAAAAUGAAACAAAUAGUUUUAGUGAGUUGUAAAUAUUAUUACUAUCAUUAUUAUUAUUAAUUAAUUAAUUAAUUAUUAAUUAUUAUUUUCUUGAAUCAUUAUUUCAAUUGAUGAAUUAAUCGUAGUUAUAUUCGGUAAAUUUUAAGUUUACUGUACUCAGUCAACAUUGACUAAAUAUUACAAACAAUGGAAUGAUUAUUUGCUAAUCAGAUCAAUAUUGUAACAAAUUGAAGAUAAGUGAGAAGCAGAGGGUAAUGAAAAAAUGAGUAUGUUUCUAGAAAAACAAAUUAUUCUUGAUCUGUAAAGAAUAUUUUAGGCUUAUGUCUUUAUUUUAUGACUUUUCAUUGACUCGAUAAAUAAUCAAUAAAUAUAAUAAAUGAAUGAAAAUACCACAAGCAUUUUUGUUUCAAUCAUUGCAUCAAUAACCAACUAUUGAUAGAUAGCUUGAUAUUUUUAUACCUAUUUAUUUAGUUUUGCUUCUUUUACUUUCCUCUCUUCUCAUUAUCUUUUCAUACAUAUUAUUAUAAGUUUGUUAAUUUAUUUUCAACUAUAUUACUGUCAAAUUAUAACUGUAAUCUUCCUGAAUUUAUGUGCUUCCUGUUUUAUCUUUUUACUUUCUCUAAUUUGAUUUAUCAUAAUUAACGAUGGAGUAAGAAAAAUCAUUUUUCUCUGAAUGUUUAUACGAAAUAUGGUUUUGUUCUAUUUCAAGUUAUUUAUUUCAUUUACUUUUGUAUACUCGAAUUUCAUUAAAAACUGAUUUUCAACAUGAAUCAACGAAAUAGUGCCAUUUUUAUAAAAUUACUUACGCUGUAAAUUGAAGAAGUCGAAUGUUGUAGGGAUGAAAAAGUUAAUAUUGACAGAAACAUUUUCUCUCAACAAACAAUGCUUUUUAUGGAGUAAACAUUCUUCUUCAAUAACAGAAAAUAGUUUUCGUUAUAAUAAAUAAAGAAAUACCAGCAUAA